GAGAUAAUUGCGAUAUAGAAUGUUGGUAUAUGAGCACCUGACACGCAGUGCGUGCCGCACGCGAGCGACAGUGUGCAUACGUACUAUCAGCGCGUAUCGAUAUCAUGGUGUCAUUCGGAAAAGUGCAGUGGGAAAUAAUAGGAGUCGACGCUAUCUCUCGUGUGUUGAUUAUUCACGAUCAUUUUCCGUGUUCAAAGUACGGUGACGUUAGGCGGCGUGGUCACCCCGAUGCUGUGAAAAGUCAUCUUUUCUAAUCACGAGAGGAAAAUGGAGACGUUGAUUGCACGAUACAAGCAUUUCGAGGAGAAGAUAUUGCAAAAUGUCAAGCGCAAUGGUAUACAACAUCGGCCAAACGCGAGCAGUGGAUUAUGGCUAGGUACUUUGGUUGGCUUGAGUGCCGUGAUCACGAUAUUGAGGGAGGAGAACAGCUACUCCGAAAUAUGUUUGCUUGUGGGAAUCACAGGCUUCGGUCUCGUUCUUUCUACCUGUUGCCUUUACACACGACUAUCGAUGCAAGGAGUCGCGGCAAAGGAUUUUCACGUCGUAUAUUUUCUGCCUGCGAUCGUAACGUCCAUGCUGUUUCUGCUUGCGGCCAACAGAGGAUUGUUAACGAGCGUCACGUGGGGCGUGACUGUUGGCAGUUUGGGCACAUGGGGCGUCCUGCAACUAAUGUCAGCCUUUCCGUACUGCUUCACGAUGGGAGAAGCGACGGCAGUUAUGCACAGUUGUAUCUUGUUCUUGAUGUCGGCCGUUACCAAUUUACCUCUGCGAUAUCAUUUACCUCCAAUUCACGAUAACGACAUCAGCACAGUUUUGUUGCAGGUGGGAAUACUGUAUGUAAUGUCAGUGUGCCUUCUGUGUGGAUAUUUUCCUAUUCUGCACAACACAAAAUACUUUUACUCAAUGACCGUCAGUCUCCUAUGUUUCAUAACUGUUCCGCUACUUUGCAUCAUUCUUGACCAAAACCCAGUAAUGUGGAUCAUUACUUUUAUGUUUAACGAUCGUAAGAGGGCCGCGAUAGUCGCAUACUGGGCAGUGUGUCUCUUGCUGAGCAUCUUUACCAUAAUGUGUCAAAUAUUAUCCAAGUCACAAGCUACGAGCUCUUGUAGAAAAAGCUUUCACAUUUUAGCCAUAUUUGUAUAUAUUCCUGGCAUGAUAUACGAUCCUUCAUUGUUGUACUUGGCCAGCGGAGUGAUGCUGGCGCUGUUUAUUGCUCUCGAGACAAUCAGACUUUUAAAGAUUCCGCCCUUGGGAGAAAUUUUGCAUGAAGGAUUUACUCUAUUUGUCGAUGAGAAAGACUCUUUACUCUCACUGACAGCCAUAUAUCUAUUAUGUGGCUUAUCGUUUUCUCUUUGGAUGCCUACCAGUAAUUUGACACUGUUGGUGUUGUUCAGCGGCGUGUUGACGAUAGGAAUCGGUGACACUGCUGCAAACUUUGUCGGAUGCAGAUGGGGUUCGCACAAGUGGGUCGGCACAGAGAAAACUAUCGAAGGCACCGUCGCAUGCGUGUUUUGCCAAGUUUGUGUAAUACUCGGUUUAACAUUCUGCGGUAUAUUUCGGUUCUUGUAUCUUUUCAACAAGCGUUCUUCACUUUUCACUAAGGCUCUUGCUCUUAUUUGCGUUUUUACUCGUAUUUUUCCAGGUUUCGUGGACAGUCACUGGCUACUGCUGAGAAGCAUCUUGGCGGCUGUAUCGGUGUCGUUGAUCGAGGCACGCACAAAUCAGGUGGACAAUUUGGCCUUGCCGUUGUUCAUGUACGUGUGCUUGAUGAUAUAAGCACACGUGCGCCGUUCUUCCCGUUUUGAUAAUUCAAUGCGAAUUAUCCUCUUUAAAUAAACAAAUGUAAUUAGUCACGAAAUGUCACUGUUGCGAGCAUGGUUGUUUAUAGGUAUUACGUUGUUAAGCACACAAUGACGAUGUACAAAUAUUUAUAAUUAUAAUAGUUCUUCAUGUGUGUGCGUUAGAUAUUAUAUAUAUAUUUUUUCUAUAUAUAUAUACAUAUAUAUAUAUAUAUAUAACAUUUAUCCAAAGAUGUAAUAGAUGCAAUCUGUAGAGGAAAGAUUGAUGUGAGAUCGCAUUUACAUUUUACGGACUUGUACUUUUUUAAGAUAUGUGAAAUAUUAUAGUUAUAAUGUGUAUCUCCGACAAAGCAUUUUUGUAAGUUACGUAAACUUUCUGACAAAGAGCUAUUAAUGCAAAUAAAAUAUUUUUCUAAUUAUUUGAA